CGGUCCACCGCUCUUGAGCGCUCAAAGAUUUGGGUUCUCCAACUAUUUUGGUUUGCCUCUAACACUAUUGACGCCAAAAACUUCACUGUAUAAUUCACUUUUGUCUAAGUCGAUACUUCCCAACGAAUACUACAUGAAUAAAGACACUAUUGUGCGACACACUCUGUAGAACAUAGACUGUUAUAAACUUGUCUUCCUUUCUUAUAGUUUUGGCUUAUCAAAGUUUCAGGUCCAGCUAUUUUAUGUGUUGUAAACUAAAAAAUGGAGGCACUAAAAGCAUGUUAUGGGGAUGGAUCUUCUGAUUCAGAUUCUGAAUCUUCCCCUUCAGUUCCAACCUUAGCUUACUCAGAAGAACUUGCUCCCUUGCCACCACCUCCUAUUGCACUCCUUCAUCCUCCAAAUUUUCUUGGGCCUCCAGAUAUGCAGAUAGGUCAGACAACUAAAGUUAGGAGCUUCCCUCAUGUUGAUGGUAAUUAUGCCUUACAUGUAUACAUACCAAUUAAUAUUUCAUCUCCGUCGAAAAAAGAACUAGCGCCUUUCUUGAAGAAAAUCUCGUAUCGGGAUCCAAGUCUUUAUGCUGUUGAUGUAGAUGUCCCACUUAACAUCCUCUGCAAAAAUGACGAGAAGCUUGAACAAGUUGCAUUAGGAAGAGAGUUUCACAUAAGUUUGGGAAGAACUGUUCCAAUACGAGUCCAUCAGAUUGACUCAGUAGUUUCAAUGCUAAGACAGAAGCUUCAAACUCAACAUCAAAGUUAUUGGAUCGACUUUCACAAAUGGGAGAUUUUUGUUAAUGAUGAUCGCACACGCACCUUUCUCUCAGUAGAAGUUGUUCAAGGAGGGCUUGUAGAGAUAUGUAAGCAAAUUGAAGCAGUCAAUGCAAUUUACAAGCUUCAUAAUCUUCCUGAAUUUUACGAGGAUCCACGUCCUCACAUAUCCUUAGCAUGGGCACUGGGCGACACCUCCCAUUCCCUGAAGAAAGUUGUGGAUGAGGAAUUGAAGAAAUGUGUGGUUGGGAAAUCCUUGAAGAAGUGUAUUUUUACCUGUAAAUUCAAAGGUAUCGAGUGUAAGAUAGGUAACAAAACAUACACAAUAUGUAAAAUUUCAGAUAGACAAUAACGUGUAUGGGUUAUAUAGUAACGAAUCUACCGAAAUAUUUCGGGCUGCAUCCAAUUCUAUUUUAUAAAAUUGUGGUUUUUACUUUGCUUGGUGCUAGACUGAUGAUAAAUCAAUUAUUUUGUGCACCCCUAACUUGUACAUCAGUUUUAGUUUUUAUUUGAAGCAGAAUUAUUAUUAAUAUGACGGAUAUUAAUGACCA